CAGAGGGGUGGUGUAAUGUCCUUUGCUGUACAGUGGCUGCUCCCGGAGCUCCUGCCAUUUUGUAGCACUGAGCAACGUGGAGAACGGGGGGUAUCGAGCUCUGGGGACCAUGUUGGCAGGCCCAAGUUAAUGCUGUUCUGUCCUCUCUUCUGCCUCCACCUGGAACCGGUACAGGAACGGCAGAAAAAAGCCAGAUUGCCUGAGAGCAGCGACGGCUCCAAGGACUCGGACAGCUCUGCCGGGCGCCGGGGCAGCGCCAGCAGGAAGCACGGGCGAUGGCGGGGACGGCCGGACAGCCCCGGGGCACUGGUGUCCAAGGUGGUGAGAGCCGUGACGGCGAGACACAAACCGGGACGGAGGCUGCCGGCCGCGCCGGACUCCUCCAACCGGAGGAACCUGACGGAGCCACGCGGGGAGGCCCAGCUGGCCAUCUUCCAGCAGGGUGACACGGGCAGCGUGGAGGGGGCUCCCCAGCCCACCGAGAACAGCUUCACCCCCAAGUGCGAGAUCACGGGCAAAGACGCCCUCUCGGCGCUGGCCCGGGCCAGCAGCAAGCAGUGCCAACAGGAGAUCGCCAACGUGGUGUGUCUGCACCGGGCCGGCAGCCUCAUGCCCCAGUCUGUGCCUCGCCACUGCCAGCUCUCGGGCAAAGUCAGCCCCGUCAUCCAGUGGGACGAGAGCCGGCUGCAGCAGGCACCCCCCAGCAAGCCCGUGCGCAUCGCCUACAUGCUGGUUGUGCACGGCAGGGCCAUUCGCCAGCUGAAGCGGCUCAUCAAGGCCGUGUACCACCAGCAGCACUUCUUCUACAUCCACGUCGACAAGCGCUCCAACUACCUCCAUCACGAGGCGGUGGAGCUGGCCCGGCACUACCCCAACAUCCGAGUGACACCCUGGCGCAUGGUGACCAUCUGGGGAGGUGCCAGCCUGCUGAAGAUGUACCUGCGUAGCAUGAAGGACCUGCUGGAACUGGCCGAGUGGCCCUGGGACUUCUUCAUCAACCUGAGUGCCACCGACUACCCCACGAGGACCAAUGAGGAGCUGGUGAUGUUCCUGUCCAAGUACCGAGAUAAGAACUUCCUCAAGUCUCAUGGCCGAGACAACGCCAGGUUUAUCAAGAAGCAGGGCCUGGACCGCCUGUUCCACGAGUGUGACUCCCACAUGUGGCGGCUGGGCGAGCGCCACAUCCCUGAGGGCAUCGUGGUGGACGGGGGCUCUGACUGGUUCUCGCUGACCCGCAGCUUCGUGGAGUACGUGGUCUACGCCGAGGACCAGCUGGUGUCCCAGCUGCGCCAGUUCUACACCUACACGCUCCUCCCAGCCGAGUCCUUCUUCCACACGGUCCUGGAGAACAGUCACGCCUGCGAGACGCUGGUCGAUAACAACCUCCGAGUGACCAACUGGAACCGGAAGCUGGGCUGUAAGUGCCAAUAUAAACACAUAGUCGACUGGUGCGGGUGCUCCCCAAAUGACUUCAAACCCCAGGACUUCCUCCGGCUACAGCAACUCUCCAGACCCACCUUCUUCGCCCGCAAGUUUGAGUCAACGGUGAAUCAGGAGGUGCUGGAGAUCCUGGACACGCACCUCUAUGGCAGCUACCCGCCCAACACGCCGGCCCUGAAGGCGUACUGGGAGAAUGUCUACGACCGCGUCGACGGGCUCAGCGGCCUCAGCGAUGUCACCCUCACCUUCUACACGUCCUUCUCCAGGCUGGGGCUUCACAAAGCCACGUCCAUGCCAGCAGCAAAGGCCAACAAGCUCUGCAGAUUCGAACCCCGGGGCUUCCCAUCCAGCGUGCACUUAUAUUUCUAUGACGACCGUUUCCAGGGUUACCUGGUGAUGCAGGAAGUGCAGAAUUUGGCAACUGGGCAGGCAGAGUCCCUGGAGGUGUGGAUGAUGCCCCAAGGAGCUCUGAAGCUGGCAGGUCACGGAGGGCAGGCAAACCGCUUACAGAACCUUGAGGUGGGCACGGAGUGGGACCCCAAGGAAAGGCUCUUCCGCAAUUUUGGAGGUUUGAUGGGCCCUUUCGACGAGCCGGUGGCCAUGCAGAAGUGGUCGCGGGGCCCCAACCUGACGGCCACAGUGGUGUGGAUCGACCCCACCUACGUCAUCGCCGCUUCCUACGACAUCACGGUGGAUGCUGAGGCGGAGUUCACCCAGUACAAACCCCCCCUCAAUCGGCCCCUGCGCCCCGGUGUCUGGACCAUCCGCCUCCUCCAGUUCUGGGAGCCCCUGGGGGAGAACCAGUUCCUGGUGGUGCCCCAGACUUUCAACCGCAAGCAGCCUCUCAGGAAAGAUGACAGCAACUGGCUGCACGGUGGGCCCCCUCGCAACGAGUACAUGGAGCAGAGCUUCCAGGGCCUGGGGGGGAUCCUCAACCUGCCGCGCUCCGAGGAGGCAGAGGAGGAGGCGGGGAGGAAGGCGCAGCUGACGGGCAAAGCGCUGGAGGACUGGGUGGACGGUGCCAUCGGCGCCUUCUGGGCCGUGGCGGACGUCUGCGUUGUCAGCCCCUCCGCCUGCGGCUCCCUGGAGACCUGCAGCAAAACCUCCUGGAGCUCCCUCUCCCCGGACCCCAAAUCAGAACUGGGGCCCGUCAAACCUGACGGGCGGCUGAGGUAGCAGGAGCAGCCGGGGGGAGCGAGGAGCAUCCUCCAUCACUGGCGUUGGGGGGGUCUCUGGACUACAUCACCCUGUGCGAUUCGCGCCGUAGUCACUCGAGGAAAAGAGAGUGGGAACCUCCGGGCCAGGAAAAACCUUCUCUGGUGGGGUAUUUUGGGCGGAAGGGGAGGUGUGAGGUUGAUCUUGCCCACCUCCCCCAGGAAGGGGCACUUGCUGGCCAGGGAGAGGGUGCCAGGUGCCCGUCACCACGGGGGGACUGCAUGGCACUGGCGGUUGGGAAGAGCUUUUUGUUGGGAAGAGUGUUGCUGUGGGUCUCGGAGCCUCGGGAAGGGGUGAUGGGGGGGAGGCAGGGAAGGCCGGUGGAUGGGCAGGCUCUGGACCAACUCAGCACCCUGCCCUCCCUUCCCGGCCCCAGCUGGACCUCUGCAGGGUCAGGCCCUGUGCUGCUGGCUGCCCUCUCCCCGGGGGGGGCUGGCAGGGGGCUCUGGGGACAGGCAGAAGCAGAAUGGGUCGAGGCCUGCCGUUUGCAGGGAACUGCUGCUGGCCCAGGGCUUGCAUCUCAUCCCCUCCACCCCAGCCCCUUUAGUUUGUAUUUUUAUAAAUAUAUAUAUAUAGAAUUAUAUAUGAUGCAAAGUGCAAUAGAGACAAGACCCCGCGUUGGCCGGGAAGUCCUUGUGUCUCCAUCUCCCCUCAGACUGUAACAUAUCUUGUUCUUUUGGGUGUCCUGGUGCUACAGGACAGGGUGCUGGGUCGUUUACAUAUUUUUUUUUAUUAUUAUUAUUAGUAUUGUUAUUAUUAUUAUUAUUAUUAUUAUUGUUUUGCUGUUUCCCCAUUUCCUGCUGGGGGCUGCUGGGGGUGCUGCACCCUGCUGCCCCUCGGUUGCCCCGGGGUUUUGGGGUGCUGCUGCCCUCCGAGGCGGCCGCCCGCCUGUGCCAAACACCCGGAGCUGCCGGUGCGUGUUGUGCCGCGGCUCCGGGAGCCGGGGAGCGCUCGGUUCAAGCCCAACAACCCACUCCACCGUCGCCUCUCUCUGCGCUUCAGCAACCACCCUGGGGCUGGGCACCCGGACGCCCCAGUCCCUUGCCAAAAAUGUGUCCUGGUGCAGGAGGGACGGAAGCUCGCCAUGCCUGGCCCCGUGCCACGGCCCCUGGGCACAGCCUUUUCUUUUCUUCCCCGGUCGGCAGAAGUUCUCCGGAUCUGCUGUGCCUCCCUGGCCAAAAAGCAAAGAGGGGUGAUGAGGCUCCAUCCGCUCUCCGCUGUUUCUGGGGGGAUGCAGCGGAGCAUCCCCUUCCUUCACCCUCCUCCCAGACCUGGGCACUGCCUGACCUUCCUUUCUUGAGGACCGGCGCUGUGUGGACAAGUCUGGGUUGGAUUUUCACCCUGGGAAGACGUUUCAGUUGUGCUGUGUGGGACUGCAGCGGGAAUUCACACACAGCCUGGGAAGAGAUAUCGCUCCUGCCCAGGGCUGGGGCAGGGGAGCUACUGGGGACCAGCUGGAGAGAAGCUGGAGACCACCUGGGCCCACCUUUCUGCUCAGGGGCAGGGGCAGCAGGAGCCGGUGGCUUGCCCAGCGGGGUUUUGCUAUCUCCAAAGAUCUGUGCCAUCCUUCACCUUCCUCCAAAGCCCAGGGCUUUGGGCUCACGCUCCCAGUCUCCGUGGUUUCGGGAUGCUGGUGCUGUAAGAGGCUGCUCCUGGCGCCGGAGGGAGAUGGAGAACCUUGGUGUGCCAGGGCAGAGACCUGCUGCCCCCCCCGUGCCCAAACUCUGUCGGAAGCAUUAUGUAAAGUUGUCUUAAAUAUGCAACAUCAUCACAAAUAUAUCUAUAUCUCUA